AUGCCGGGCAUCCGAGGUCUUUUCUUCGCCCUCGCGUGCCUCCAUUUCCUCGCCAUCUGCGCCGCGGACACCGCCAUCGACGCACCCAGGUCCCUGUCCAGGAAGAAGAGGUACCUGAUCUUCCCCGAGGGCAGCAAUCUGCAGUUGGUCUUCUGUCUGACGGUGGGAACCUAUGCCAAGGAGAACGACGCUGUGAUGGGACUGACGGCGGCCCUGGCCUGGGAGCUGCCGAGCAAAGUAGACUCGAAGAUAUCGGAGUUGCUCCAUCGAAGGAGCAGAAGCGUCGUGUUCCCGAAAAUAGAGGCUUUGCUGCAAUCAACGGGUCUGGAUGGACGAGCUUGCGUGAUGAAAGCACUCUGCGAGACUGCUCGGAGAGACCCCUCGGAUCUUGGCAAGGGGACCCUGGUCCAGGAAUUGCUACACGCCAUUUUUACACUGCCCAGGGACGGCGGGCGUUUCGAGCGAUCGGAGGAUCAAGCUUACGAGCACGCGUACGGGAGCGGGGAGAAUUGCGGCCAGCUCUAUCCGACCUGCCGCCACUCCAUUUACGAGCUCGAGUUCUGA